GCAUUAUCCCUUUUUGAAAAAAAAAACUGUGGAUAUAUAAGUCAAGUCUUUGGGGCGAUUGUAGAUGUUGUCUUUGACGAACAAAAAUUACCAAAUCUUUUAAGUGCUUUAAUUGUAGAAGAAUUAAAUAUUACUUUAGAAGUAGCACAACAUAUCGGGAAUAAUAGUGUCAGGUGUAUUUCGAUGAGCAAUACUUUUGGCUUAGUCAGAAAUAUGAAAGUAAUAGAUACUCAAAAAACUAUUAUGGUUCCUGUUGGUAAAGAAGUUUUGGGUAGGGUUUUCAAUGUUUUAGGCCAACCUAUUGAUAAACUCAAAAAAAUCGAUCAAAAAACUCCAUUAUGAUCAAUUCAUCGUUCUCCUCCAACUUUGAACGAACAAUCUUUAGAAGUAAAAAUUUUAGAGACAGGUAUUAAAGUGAUCGAUCUAAUCACUCCAUAUGUUAGAGGUGGAAAAAUUGGUCUUUUUGGAGGAGCUGGUGUAGGAAAAACAGUUCUUGUUCAAGAAUUAAUUAAUAACAUUGCACUUCAACAUGGUGGGAUUUCUAUUUUUGCAGGAGUGGGUGAAAGAACUAGAGAAGGUAAUGAUUUAUAUAAUGAAAUGAUAAAUGCUAAUGUUUUAAACAAAACAGCGCUAGUAUUUGGCCAAAUGAAUGAACCACCAGGGGCAAGAAUGAGAGCUCCUCUAACAGGUCUUACUAUGGCAGAAUAUUUUAGAGACGAACAAAAACAAGAUGUUUUGUUUUUUAUAGAUAAUAUUUUCCGUUUUACUCAAGCUGGUUCUGAAGUAUCUACUUUACUUGGUCGAAUCCCUUCAGCGGUUGGAUACCAACCAACUUUGGCUUUAGAAAUGGGCCAACUUCAAGAAAGAAUUACUUCUACCCAAAAUGGUUCUAUUACUUCUAUUCAAGCUAUUUAUGUACCGGCUGAUGAUAUAACUGACCCAGCCCCAGCUACUACUUUUGCCCAUCUAGAUGCAAAAACUAUUUUAGAUCGUAAUAUUGCUGCCCUAGGUAUUUAUCCUGCCAUAGACCCAUUAAAUUCUGCAUCUCAAGCACUUUCGAUAGAGAUCGUUGGUAAAAAACAUUAUGAAGUAGCUCAACAAGUAAUUCAAAUUUUGCAAAAAUUUAAAGAAUUGCAAGAUAUUAUUGCAAUCUUAGGAAUCGAUGAACUUUCAGAAACCGAUAAACAAAUAGUUCAACGCGCUAGAAGAAUUAGAAACUUUUUAUCUCAACCAUUUUUUGUGGCUGAAAAGUUUUCUGGCAUCAAAGGUGAAUUUAUAAAAGUUGAAGAUACAAUAAAUUCUUUUGCUGAAAUACUAAGUGGUAAAUACGAUGAUUUACCCGAACAAGCCUUUUUGUAUGUUGCUACCAUUAAUGAUGUAAUAAAAAAAGCUAAAAAGUUAUCAAAAUAA